GAGCUCAUUCCCUUCCGUCAUCCCAGAUGGAGAAGGAGGAGGAGACGACCCGGGAGCUGCUGCUGCCCAACUGGCAGGGUAGCGGCUCGCACGGGCUGACCAUUGCCCAGAGGGACGACGGCGUCUUUGUGCAGGAAGUCAUGCAGAAUUCCCCUGCGGCCCGCACUGGGGUGGUCAAGGAGGGGGACCAGAUAGUGGGCGCCACCAUCUACUUCGACAACCUGCAGUCGGGCGAGGUGACGCAGCUGCUGAGCACCAUGGGGCACCACGCCGUGGGUCUGAAGCUGCACCGCAAGGGCGACCGCUCCCCUGAGCCCGGCCAGACCUGGACCCACGGAGUCUUCAGCUCCCAUGGCUCCGAAGUGGUUCUGAGCGGGGAUGAUGAGGAGUAUCAGCGCAUCUAUGCCACGAAGAUCAAGCCUCGGCUGAGGUCGGAGGAUGGAGUGGAAGGGGACCCUGGGGAGACCCAGAGCCGCACCAUCACGGUGACUAGGAGGGUCACGGCCUACACAGUGGAUGUGACCGGCCGGGAAGGAGCCAAGGACAUCGACAUCAGCAGCCCUGAGUUCAAGAUCAAGAUUCCACGGCAUGAACUGACGGAAAUCUCCACUGUGGGUGUGGAGGCCCAGCCUGGGAUGACCGUGAUCAGACUGCCCUCGGGCUCGGGGGCAGUGUCUCCAACCACAGGCUCUGCUGUGGACAUCCGAGCGGGGUCCAUUUCCGCUUCGGGACCAGAGCUCCAAGGUGCUGGCCACUCGAAGCUCCAGGUCACCGUGCCUGGGAUAAAGGUGGGAAGCCCGGGAGUCAAUGUCAGUGCAAAGGGCUUGGACUUGGAUGGCAAAGGGGGCAUCCGGGUUCCAGGAGUGGACAUUUUGUCUUCUCUUGGGGGUGAGGCAGUAGAGUUGCAGGGCCCAUCUCUUGAGAAUGGCAAUAAUGGGAAAAUUAAAAUACCAGCCAUGAAGGUGCCAAAAUUUGGUGUCCCAGAAGGGCCUGAAGGCCAGGCACCAGAGGCAGGAUUGGCUGUUUUCACACCUGAAUUCUCUGCGGGGCACAAGGAGGGCAAGCCAGGUGUGACCAUUGGCGGGAACGUCCAGACCCCUCGGCUAGAAGUCGUUGCUCCCUCUGCUAAUAUUGAGGGGCUUAAGGGGAAGCUGAAGGGCCCCCAGAUCACUGGGCCAUCCCUUGAGGGAGAGCUAGGACUCAAAGGAGCCAAGCCACAGGGGAGGAUAAGGGUGGACGUCUCUGCUCCCAAAAUGAAGGGCAGCAUCGCUGGCCCCAGUGUGGAAGGUCGAGCCUCUGACGUUGAUAUUCAUGGGUCUGGGGGCGAACUAAAUAUGCCCAAAAUGAAAGUCCAGAAAUUCUCUGUAUCGGGUUCUAAGGGAGAGGGAGCUGGCAUUGAUGUGACACUGCCCACAGGUGAAGUGACCCUUCCUGGGAUCUCUGGGGAUGUCAGCCUGCCCAGGGUGGCCACUGGGGGUCUGGAAGGGAAGAUGAAGGGUACUAAAGUCAAGAGUCCUGAACUGAUUACUCAGACCCCUAAAAUCUCCAUGCAGGAUGUGGAUCUGAGCCUUGGCUCCUCCAAACUGAAAGGAGACAUUAAAGUUUCUGCUCCGGGAGUGCAAAGUGAUGUUAAAGGCCCUCAAGUGGUAGUUAAAGGUUCCAAAGUGGACAUAGAGACACCCAGCCUAGAGGGGACUCUGGCAGGCCCCAAGCUGAGUGGUCCUUCUGGAAAGAUGGGAACCUGCAGUAUCUCUAUGGCAGAUGUAGAUUUAAAUGUGGCUGCACCUAAAAUGAAAGGGGGUGUAGACGUCACACUCCCGAAAGUAGAAGGGAAAGUCAAAGUCCCUGAAGUUGAUGUCAAAGGCCCCAAAGUGGAUGUCAGUGCCCCAGACGUGGAUGUUCAUGGCCCAGAAUGGAACCUGAAAAUGCCUAAGAUGAAAAUGCCCAAGUUCAGCACUCCAGGAGUCAAAGGGGAAGGCCCAGAUGUAAAUGUGAAUCUACCCAAAGGAGAUGUCAGUAUUUCUGGGCCCAAGAUCAACAUGGAAGCCCCAGAUGUCAACAUAGGAGGCCUGGGGGGCAAACUUAAAGGCCCUGAUGUUAAGUUGCCUGACGUGAGUGCCAAGACACCAAAGAUCUCCAUGCCCGAUGUAGAUUUGCAUGUUAAAGGCACAAAGGUAAAAGGAGAGUAUGAUGUAACGGUACCAAAGCUUGAAGGAGAACUGAAGGGUCCCCAGGUGGACAUCGCUGCUCCAGAUGUGGACAUUCAUGGACCAGACUGGCAUCUGAAGAUGCCCAAGAUGAAAAUGCCCAAAUUCGGUGUGCCAGGGUUCAAAGCAGAGGGCCCAGAUGUGGAUGUGAACUUGUCCAAGCCUGAUGUGGAUAUUUCUGGGCCCAAGGUGGACAUUAGUGCCCCGGAUGUGAGAAUUGAGGGACCAGAAGGAAAGUUGAAGGGCCCCAAGUUCAAGAUGCCUGAGAUGCACUUCAAGGCCCCCAAGGUCUCCAUGCCAGAUGUGGACUUACAUUUGAAAGGCCCUAAAGUAAAAGGAGAAUAUGAUGUCACAGUGCCAAAGGUGGAAGGUGAGAUUAAAGUUCCUGAUGUUGAACUUAAAAGUGCCAAAUUGGACAUUGAUACUCCAGAAGUGGAUGUUCAUGGCCCAGACUGGCACCUGAAGAUGCCCAAGGUGAAAAUGCCCAAGUUCAGCAUGCCAGGCUUCAAAGGAGAGGGCCCAGAAGUGGACGUGAACCUGCCCAAAGCUGACAUUGACAUCUCAGGACCCAAGGUGGAUGUUGAAGUUCCAGAUGUGAAUAUCGAAGGACCUGAAGGAAAGCUGAAGGGUCCCAAGUUUAAGAUGCCUGAGAUGGAUAUCAAGGCUCCAAAGAUCUCCAUGCCUGAUGUGGAUUUGCAUUUGAAAGGUCCCACAGUAAAGGGAGAAUAUGAUGUUACAGUGCCAAAGCUGGAAGGCGACCUGAAAGGGCCAAAAGUAGACAUCAGUGCCCCAGACGUUGAAGUUCAUGGUCCUGAUUGGAACCUGAAGAUGCCCAAGAUGAAAAUGCCCAAAUUUACCAUGCCCAGCCUCAAAGGUGAGGGCCCAGAAUUGGAUGUGAAGCUGCCCAAGGCUGAUGUGGACAUUUCUGCACCUAAGGUAGAUAUUAGGGCUCCAGAUCUGAGCCUUGAAGGACCUGAAGGGAAGUUGAAAGGCCCCAAGUUUAAGAUGCCUGAGAUGCACUUCAAAGCUCCGAAGAUGACUCUGCCAGAUGUCGACCUCAAUCUUAAAGGACCCAAAAUGAAAGGAAAUGUAGAUAUGUCUGCACCAAAAAUAGAAGGUGAGAUGAAAGUUCCAGAUGUGGACAUCAAAGGCCCCAAAGUAGACAUUAAAGCACCAGAUGUGGAAGUACAAGGUGGAGACUGGAGUCUCAAAAUGCCCAAGAUGAAAAUGCCCAAGUUCAGCAUGCCCAGCUUAAAAGGCGAGGGCCCAGAUGUGGACGUAAACCUGCCCAAGGCUGACAUUGACAUCGCUGGACCCCAAAUUGACAUCGAAGCCCCAGAUGUGAGCCUCGAGGGACCCGAAGGAAAGCUGAAGGGCCCCAAGUUUAAGAUGCCUGAGAUGCACUUCAAGGCCCCCAAGAUCUCCAUGCCUGAUGUGGACUUACACUUGAAAGGCCCCAAAGUCAAAGGGGAUGUCGAUGUGGAUGUCUCUGUCCCCAAGAUAGAAGGUGAAAUGAAAGUGCCAGACGUUGACCUCAAAGGACCCAAAGUGGACAUUGAUGUCCCUGAUGUGGAUGUUCACGGCCCAGACUGGAACUUGAAGAUGCCCAAGAUGAAAAUGCCCAAGUUCAGCAUGCCAGGCUUCAAAGGAGAGGGCCCAGGAGUGGAUGUGAGUCUGCCCAAGACCGACAUUGACAUUUCUGGACCCAAGGUGGACAUUGAAGCCCCAGAUGUGAGCCUUGAGGGACCAGAAGGAAAGUUGAAGGGUCCCAAGUUUAAGAUGCCUGAGAUGCACUUCAAGGCCCCCAAGAUCUCCAUGCCUGAUAUGGACUUACACUUGAAAGGCCCUAAAGUCAAAGGGGAUGUCGAUGUGUCCGUGCCCAAGGUAGAAGGUGAAAUGAAAGUGCCGGAUGUGGACAUCAAAGGCCCCAAGGUUGACAUUGAUGUCCCCGAUGUUGACGUUCACGGCCCAGACUGGCACUUGAAGAUGCCCAAGAUGAAAAUGCCCAAGUUCAGCAUGCCGGGCUUCAAAGGAGAGGGCCCAGACGUGGAUGUGAACCUGCCUAAGGCUGACAUUGACAUCUCUGGACCCAAGGUGGACAUUGAAGCCCCAGAUGUGAGCCUUGAGGGACCAGAAGGAAAGUUGAAGGGCCCCAAGUUCAAGAUGCCUGAGAUGCACUUCAAGGCCCCCAAGGUCUCCAUGCCUGAUGUGAACCUGAAUCUUAAGGGGCCAAAACUCAAGGGUGAUGUAGAUGUGUCUUUGCCUGAUGUAGAAGGUGAAAUAAAAGUGCCAGAUGUCGAACUUAAAGGACCCAAAGUUGACGUCUGUGCUCCAGAUGUGGAUGUUCAUGGCCCAGACUGGCACUUGAAGAUGCCCAAGAUGAAAAUGCCCAAGUUCAACAUGCCUGGCUUCAAAGGAGAGGGCCCAGAUGUGGAUGUCAACCUGCCCAAGGCUGACAUUGACAUCUCAGGACCCAAGGUGGAUGUUGAAGUUCCAGAUGUGAAUGUUGAAGGUCCAGAUGCAAAACUAAGAGGUCCUAAAUUUAAGAUGCCAGAAAUGAAUAUAAAACCUCAGAAGAUAUCCAUGCCAGAUGUUGGUUUACAUUUGAAAGGUCCUAAAAUUAAAGGAGACUAUGGUGUAACAGCCCCAAAAGUAGAAGGAGAGAUAAAAGCUCCUGAUGUCAACAUCAAAGGCCCCAAAGUGGACAUUAAUGCACCAGAUGUGGGAGUUCAUGGCCCAGACUGGCACCUGAAAAUGCCCAAAGUGAAAAUGCCCAAGUUCAGCAUGCCUGGCUUCAAAGGAGAGGGCCCAGACGUGGAUGUGAACCUGCCCAAGGCCGACAUCGAUGUCUCUGGACCUAAGGUGGACAUCGAUGCUCCAGAUGUGAAUAUCGAAGGUCCAGAGGGGAAACUAAAGGGUCCCAAGUUUAAGAUGCCAAGUAUGAAUAUACAGACACACAAGAUCUCUAUGCCUGAUGUUGGACUUAAUCUGAAAGCCCCUAAACUGAAAACGGAUGUGGACGUUUCCCUUCCUAAAGUGGAAGGAGACUUGAAAGUUCCUGAAAUAGAUGUGAAAGCCCCUAAGGUGGAUGUGGAUGUUGGUGAUAUUGACAUUGAAUGUCCCGAAGGAAAGCUGAAAGGUCCUAAGUUUAAGAUGCCAGACAUGCACUUCAAGGCCCCCAAGAUCUCCAUGCCUGAUGUGGACUUACACUUGAAAGGCCCCAAAGUCAAAGGGGAUGUCGAUGUGGAUGUCUCUAUGCCUAAGAUAGAAGGUGAAAUGAAAGUGCCGGAUGUUGAUGUCAAAGGACCCAAAGUGGACAUUGAUGUCCCAGAUGUGAAUGUUCAUGGCCCGGACUGGCACCUGAAGAUGCCCAAGAUGAAAAUGCCCAAGUUUAGCAUGCCAGGUUUCAAAGGCGAGGGCCCGGACAUGGAUGUGAACUUGCCAAAGGCCGACAUUAAUGUUUCUGGCCCCAAAGUGGACAUUGAUGCACCUGAUUUGGAUAUUGAGGGACCCGAAGGGAAAUUAAAAGGCUCUAAAUUUAAAAUGCCUAAGUUGAAUAUCAAACCUUCCAAGAUAUCCAUGCCAAAUGUGGACUUCAAUUUGAAGGGACCCAAACUGAAAGGAGAGAUAGAUGCUUCUGUGCCAGAACUCGAAGGUGAUCUCAGAGGUCCACAAGUUGAUAUCAAAGGUCCCAGUGUGGAUGUGGAGGUGCCUGACGUUGAUCUGGAAUGUCCUGAUGCAAAGUUGAAGGGCCCUAAGUUUAAGAUGCCUGAGAUGCACUUCAAGGCCCCCAAGAUCUCCAUGCCUGAUAUAGACUUAAACUUGAAAGGGCCCAAAGUCAAAGGAGAUGUCGAUGUGUCUGUGCCAAAAUUGGAAGGAGAUUUGAAGGGCCCCAGUGUGGAUGUGGAGGUGCCUGAUGUUGAUCUGGAAUGUCCUGAUGCAAAGUUGAAGGGCCCUAAGUUUAAGAUGCCUGAGAUGCACUUCAAGGCUCCCAAGAUCUCCAUGCCUGAUGUGGACUUACACUUGAAAGGCCCCAAAGUCAAAGGGGAUGUCGAUGUGUCCGUGCCCAAGGUAGAAGGUGAAAUGAAAGUGCCAGAUGUUGACCUCAAAGGACCUAAAGUGGACAUUGAUGUCCCCGAUGUUGAUGUUCAAGGCCCGGACUGGCACCUGAAGAUGCCCAAGAUGAAAAUGCCCAAGUUCAGCAUGCCGGGCUUCAAAGGAGAGGGCCCAGAAGUGGAUGUGAACCUGCCCAAGGCUGAUAUUGACAUCUCUGGACCCAAGGUGGACAUUGAAGCCCCAGAUGUGAGCCUUGAGGGACCAGAAGGGAAGCUGAAGGGUCCCAAGUUUAAGAUGCCAGACAUGCACUUCAAGGCUCCCAAGAUCUCCAUGCCUGAUGUGGACUUACACUUGAAAGGCCCCAAAGUCAAAGGGGAUGUCGAUGUGUCCGUGCCCAAGGUAGAAGGUGAAAUGAAAGUGCCGGAUGUGGACAUCAAAGGCCCCAAAGUUGACAUCAGUGUUCCAGAUGUGGAUGCUCAUGGCCCAGACUGGCACUUGAAGAUGCCCAAGAUGAAAAUGCCCAAGUUCAGCAUGCCAGGCUUCAAAGGAGAGGGCCCAGACGUGGACGUGAACCUGCCCAAGGCUGACAUUGACAUCUCUGGACCCAAAGUGGACAUUGAAACUCCAGAUGUGACUGUCGAGGGUCCAGAAGGAAAACUGAAAGGUCCUAAGUUCAAGAUGCCUGAGAUGCACUUUCAUGCCCCCAAGAUUUCCAUGCCUGAUGUGGACUUCAACUUAAAGGGGCCUAAAAUUAAAGGAGACGUUGAUGUUUCUGCCCCAAAGAUGGAAGGAGAGUUAAAGGGUCCAGAAUUGGAUGUCAAGGGCCCCAAAUUGGAUGUUGACAUGCCAGACGUAGCUGUGGAAGGCCCAGAUGGCAAAUGGAAAAGUCCUAAAUUUAAGAUGCCGGACAUGCACUUUAAAGCUCCCAAAAUCUCCAUGCCAGACAUUAAUCUACACUUAAAAAGCCCCAAGGUCAAGGGAGAGGUGGAUGUAGAUGUUCCUAAAUUGGAAGGUGACUUUAAAGGACCAGACCUGAAAGGUGACAUCAGUGGCCCAGAUAUCGACAUUGAAGGACCAGAGGGCAAAUUGAAAGGCCCCAAGUUCAAGAUGCCUGACAUGCAUUUCAAAGCCCCAAAUAUUUCUAUGCCUGAUGUGGACUUAAAUCUGAAAGGACCGAAAAUCAAGGGGGAUGUAGAUGUGUCUGUGCCCGAGGUAGAAGGUAAAAUUAAAGUACCAGAUGUGAACAUCAAAGGCCCCAAAGUAGACAUAAAUGCGCCUGAUGUUCAUGGCCCAGACUGGCACCUGAAGAUGCCCAAGAUGAAAAUGCCCAAGUUCAGCAUGCCUGGCUUCAAAGGAGAGGGCCCAGACGUGGAUGUGAACCUGCCCAAGGCUGACAUUGACAUCUCUGGACCCAAAGUGGACAUCGAAGGCCCUGAUGUUAACAUCGAAGGACCUGAGGGAAAGUUGAAAGGUCCUAAGUUCAAGAUGCCAGAGAUGAACAUCAAAGCUCCCAAGAUCUCCAUGCCUGACUUUGAUUUGCAUCUGAAAGGUCCCAAGGUAAAGAGUGAUGUGGAUGUAUCUCUGCCUAAAGUGGAAGGUCCUGAUGUUGAUAUCAAAGGGCCCAAAGUGGACAUCGAUGCCCCAGAUGUGGAUGUUCAAGGCCCAGACUGGCACCUGAAGAUGCCCAAGGUGAAAAUGCCCAAGUUCAGCAUGCCCGGCUUCAAAGGAGAGGGCCCAGACGUGGAUGUGAACCUGCCAAAGGCUGACAUCGAUGUCUCAGCACCCAAAGUGGACCUCGAAUGUCCAGAUGUGAGUGUUGAAGGACCAGAAGGAAAGUGGAAAAGUCCAAAGUUUAAGAUGCCGGAAAUGCAUUUUAAGACUCCAAAGAUAUCCAUGCCAGAUAUUGAUCUUAAUCUGACAGGUCCAAAAGUGAAAGGAGAGCUGGAUGUUACAGGUCCCAAGGUAGAGGGAGAUCUGAAAGGCCCUGAAGUUGACCUCAAAGGCCCCAAAAUGGAUAUCGAUGUCCCCGAUGUGGACGUUCAUGGCCCAGAUUGGCACUUGAAGAUGCCGAAGAUGAAAAUGCCCAAGUUCAGCAUGCCUGGCUUCAAAGGAGAGGGCCCAGAAGUGGACGUGAACCUGCCCAAGGCUGACAUUGACAUCUCUGGACCCAAAGUGGACAUCGAAGGCCCUGAUGUUAACAUCGAAGGACCUGAGGGAAAGUUGAAAGGCCCUAAGUUCAAGAUGCCUGAGAUGAACAUCAAAGCUCCCAAGAUCUCCAUGCCUGACUUUGAUUUGCAUCUGAAAGGUCCCAAGGUAAAGCCUAAGGUGGAAGGUGACCUGAAAGGGCCAGAGGUGGACAUUGAGGGUCCCGAAGGGAAAAUCAAAGGUCCCAAAUUUAAGAUGCCCGACGUGCAUUUCAAAACUCCACAAAUCUCCAUGAGUGACAUUGAUUUGAACUUGAAAGGACCUAAAGUAAAAGGAGAUUUGGACGUUUCCAUUCCUAAACUGGAAGGAGAUGUGAAAGGCCCUAAGCUGGACAUAGACACUCCUGACAUUGACAUUCACGGCCCAGAAGGGAAACUGAAGGGCCCCAAGUUUAAAAUGCCUGACUUGCAUCUCAAGGCACCCAAGAUCUCCAUGCCUGAAGUUGACCUGAAUCUGAAGGGUCCUAAAGUAAAGGGUGAUGUGGACGUUUCUCUGCCCAAAGUGGAAGGCGACCUCAAGGGCCCCGAAGUAGACAUCAAGGGCCCCAAAGUGGACAUUGAUGUUCCAGAUGUGGAUGUUCAUGGCCCAGACUGGCACCUGAAGAUGCCCAAGGUGAAAAUGCCCAAGUUCAGCAUGCCUGGCUUCAAAGGAGAGGGCCCAGACGUGGAUGUGAACCUGCCCAAGGCUGACAUUGACAUCUCAGGACCCAAGGUGGCCGUUGAUGUUCCAGAUGUGAAUAUCGAAGGUCCAGAUGCGAAGCUAAAGGGCCCCAAGUUCAAGAUGCCAGAGAUGAAUAUCAAAGCUCCUAAGAUAUCAAUGCCAGAUUUGGACCUUAAUCUUAAAGGCCCUAAAAUGAAAGGAGAUGUGGAUGUUUCACUUCCAAAUGUAGAAGGUGAUUUGAAAGGACCUAUGCUUGACAUCAAAGGCCCAAAGUUAGAUUUAGAUGCUCCAGAUAUUGACAUUCAUGGCCCAGAAGGUAAAUUGAAAGGUCCAAAACUAAAGAUGCCUGACAUGCAUGUAAACAUGCCCAAGAUCUCCAUGCCAGAAAUUGACUUGAAUUUGAAAGGCUCAAAGCUUAAAGGAGACGUUGAUGUUUCUGGGCCCAAAUUAGAAGGUGACAUUAAAGCUCCCAAGUUGGAUGUAAAGGGCCCAGAAGUGGACAUUUCUGGUCCUAAGCUCAAUAUUGAAGGCAAGUCCAAGAAAUCUCGUUUUAAGCUUCCCAAAUUUAAUUUUUCGGGCUCCAAAGUUCAGACACCUGAGGUGGACGUCAAAGUUAAAAAGCCAGAUGUUGAUGUAACAGGCCCCAAAGUUGAUAUCAAUGCUCCCGAUGUUGAGGUCCAAGGAAAAGUGAAAGGAUCCAAGUUCAAAAUGCCUUUCCUGAGUAUUUCAUCUCCUAAAGUUUCUAUGCCGGAUGUGGAGUUAAAUCUGAAAGGUCCUAAAGUCAAAGGAGACAUAGAUGUUGCUGGUCCAAAUUUAGAAGGUGACUUUAAGGAACCCAAAGUGGAUAUUAAGGCACCAGAAGUUCAUCUUGAUGCACCUGAUGUGGAUGUUCACGGUCCAGACUGGAAUUUGAAAAUGCCCAAGAUGAAAAUGCCCAAGUUUGGUGUGCCUGGCUUAAAAGCAGAAGGGCCUGACAUGGCUAUGGAUCUGCCAAAAGGAGAUAUCAAGAUAGAGGGACCCAGCAUGGAUUUUGAGGGCCCAGAAGUAAAUGUGGAAGGUCUAGAAGGAGGCUUAAAGGGUCCCAAAUUCAAGAUGCCUGACAUAAAUAUCAAAGCCCCCAAGAUCUCCAUGCCUGACAUUGAUUUAAACUUGAAAGGCCCCAAAGUUAAAGGUGAUGGGGAUGUUUCUCUGCCCAAAGUUGAAGGAGAUCUGAAAGGGCCAGGGGUUGAUAUCAAAGGGCCCAAAGUGGACAUCGAUGCCCCAGAUGUGGACGUUCAUGGCCCAGACUGGCACCUGAAGAUGCCCAAGGUGAAAAUGCCCAAGUUCAGCAUGCCUGGCUUCAAAGGAGAGGGUCCAGAGGUGGAUGUUACCCUCCCUAAAGCUGACCUUGAUAUUUCUGGCCCCAAAGUGGACAUUGAUGCCCCAGAUGUGAAUAUCGAAGGUCCAGAUGCAAAACUGAAGGGCCCUAAGUUCAAGAUGCCAGAGAUGAACAUCAAAGCUCCCAAAAUCUCUAUGCCGGACUUUGAUCUGAACCUGAAGGGCCCCAAAAUGAAGGGUGAUGUGGACGUGUCUUUGCCCAAAGUGGAAGGUGACCUGAAGGGCCCUGAGGUGGACAUCAAGGGCCCUAAAGUGGACAUUGACACUCCUGAUAUUAACAUCGAAGGCCCAGAGGGGAAUUUGAAGGGACCCAAAUUCAAGAUGCCAGAAAUGCACCUAAAGGCUCCCAAGAUCUCAAUGCCUGAUAUUGAUUUAAACCUAAAGGGCCCCAAGGUGAAAGGUGAUGUGGACCUUUCCCUCCCCAAGAUUGAAGGAGAUCUGAAAGGCCCUGAGAUAGACAUCAAAGGUCCGAAAGUGGACAUCGGUGCUCCUGAUGUGGAUGUUCAUGGCCCAGACUGGCACCUGAAGAUGCCCAAGGUGAAAAUGCCCAAGUUCAGCAUGCCUGGCUUCAAAGGAGAGGGCCCAGACGUGGAUGUGAACCUGCCCAAGGCUGACAUUGACAUCUCAGGACCCAAAGUGGACAUUGAAGGCCCUGAUGUUAACAUCGAAGGUCCUGAGGGGAAAUUGAAAGGUCCUAAGUUCAAGAUGCCAGAGAUGAACAUCAAAGCUCCCAAGAUCUCCAUGCCUGACUUUGAUUUGCAUCUGAAAGGUCCCAAGGUAAAAGGCGAUGUGGAUGUUUCCCUACCUAAGGUGGAAGGUGAUCUGAAAGGCCCUGAAGUUGACCUCAAAGGCCCCAAAGUGGACAUCAAUGCCCCAGAUGUGGAUGUUCAAGGCCCAGACUGGCACCUGAAGAUGCCCAAGGUGAAAAUGCCCAAGUUCAGCAUGCCUGGUUUCAAAGGAGAGGGCCCAGAUGUGGAUGUGAACCUGCCCAAGGCUGACAUCGAUAUCUCAGCACCCAAAGUGGAUGUUGAAGUUCCAGAUGUGAAUAUCGAAGGUCCAGAUGCGAAGCUGAAGGGCCCCAAGUUCAAGAUGCCAGAGAUGAACAUCAAAGCACCCAAGAUCUCCAUGCCUGACAUUGAUCUGAACCUGAGGGGCCCCAAAAUGAAGGGCGAUGUGGAUGUUUCUCUGCCCAAAGUGGAAGGUGACCUCAAGGGUCCUGGAAUUGACAUCAAAGGCCCCAAAGUGGACAUUGAUGCCCCCGAUGUGGACGUUCAUGGCCCAGACUGGCACCUGAAGAUGCCCAAGGGGAAAAUGCCCAAGUUCAGCAUGCCUGGCUUCAAAGGAGAAGGCCCAGAAGUGGAUGUGAACCUGCCCAAGGCUGACAUCGAUGUCUCAGGACCCAAGGUGGACAUUGAUGUUCCAGAUGUGAAUAUCGAAGGUCCAGAUGCGAAGCUGAAGGGCCCCAAGUUCAAGAUGCCAGAGAUGAACAUCAAAGCACCCAAGAUCUCCAUGCCUGACCUUGAUCUGAACCUGAGGGGCCCCAAAAUGAAGGGCGAUGUGGAUGUCUCUCUGCCCAAAGUGGAAGGUGACCUCAAGGGUCCUGGAAUUGACAUCAAAGGGCCCAAAGUGGACAUUGAUGCCCCCGAUGUGGACGUUCAUGGCCCAGACUGGCACCUGAAGAUGCCCAAGGGGAAAAUGCCCAAGUUCAGCAUGCCUGGUUUCAAAGGAGAGGGCCCAGAUGUGGAUGUGAACCUGCCCAAGGCUGACAUCGAUGUCUCAGGACCCAAGGUGGACAUUGAUGUUCCAGAUGUGAAUAUCGAAGGUCCAGAUGCGAAGCUGAAGGGCCCCAAGUUCAAGAUGCCAGAGAUGAACAUCAAAGCACCCAAGAUCUCCAUGCCUGACCUUGAUCUGAACCUGAGGGGCCCCAAAAUGAAGGGCGAUGUGGAUGUCUCUCUGCCCAAAGUGGAAGGUGACCUCAAGGGUCCUGGAAUUGACAUCAAAGGGCCCAAAGUGGACAUUGAUGCCCCCGAUGUGGACGUUCAUGGCCCAGACUGGCACCUGAAGAUGCCCAAGGGGAAAAUGCCCAAGUUCAGCAUGCCUGGUUUCAAAGGAGAGGGCCCAGAUGUGGAUGUGAACCUGCCCAAGGCUGACAUCGAUGUCUCAGGACCCAAGGUGGACAUUGAUGUUCCAGAUGUGAAUAUCGAAGGUCCAGAUGCGAAGCUGAAGGGCCCCAAGUUCAAGAUGCCAGAGAUGAACAUCAAAGCACCCAAGAUCUCCAUGCCUGACCUUGAUCUGAACCUGAGGGGCCCCAAAAUGAAGGGCGAUGUGGAUGUCUCUCUGCCCAAAGUGGAAGGUGACCUCAAGGGUCCUGGAAUUGACAUCAAAGGGCCCAAAGUGGACAUUGAUGCCCCCGAUGUGGACGUUCAUGGCCCAGACUGGCACCUGAAGAUGCCCAAGGGGAAAAUGCCCAAGUUCAGCAUGCCUGGUUUCAAAGGAGAGGGCCCAGAUGUGGAUGUGAACCUGCCCAAGGCUGACAUCGAUGUCUCAGGACCCAAGGUGGACAUUGAUGUUCCAGAUGUGAAUAUCGAAGGUCCAGAUGCGAAGCUGAAGGGCCCCAAGUUCAAGAUGCCAGAGAUGAACAUCAAAGCACCCAAGAUCUCCAUGCCUGACCUUGAUCUGAACCUGAGGGGCCCCAAAAUGAAGGGCGAUGUGGAUGUCUCUCUGCCCAAAGUGGAAGGUGACCUCAAGGGUCCUGGAAUUGACAUCAAAGGGCCCAAAGUGGACAUUGAUGCCCCCGAUGUGGACGUUCAUGGCCCAGACUGGCACCUGAAGAUGCCCAAGGGGAAAAUGCCCAAGUUCAGCAUGCCUGGUUUCAAAGGAGAGGGCCCAGAUGUGGAUGUGAACCUGCCCAAGGCUGACAUCGAUGUCUCAGGACCCAAGGUGGACAUUGAUGUUCCAGAUGUGAAUAUCGAAGGUCCAGAUGCGAAGCUGAAGGGCCCCAAGUUCAAGAUGCCAGAGAUGAACAUCAAAGCACCCAAGAUCUCCAUGCCUGACCUUGAUCUGAACCUGAGGGGCCCCAAAAUGAAGGGCGAUGUGGAUGUCUCUCUGCCCAAAGUGGAAGGUGACCUCAAGGGUCCUGGAAUUGACAUCAAAGGGCCCAAAGUGGACAUUGAUGCCCCCGAUGUGGACGUUCAUGGCCCAGACUGGCACCUGAAGAUGCCCAAGGGGAAAAUGCCCAAGUUCAGCAUGCCUGGUUUCAAAGGAGAGGGCCCAGAUGUGGAUGUGAACCUGCCCAAGGCUGACAUCGAUGUCUCAGGACCCAAGGUGGACAUUGAUGUUCCAGAUGUGAAUAUCGAAGGUCCAGAUGCGAAGCUGAAGGGCCCCAAGUUCAAGAUGCCAGAGAUGAACAUCAAAGCACCCAAGAUCUCCAUGCCUGACCUUGAUCUGAACCUGAGGGGCCCCAAAAUGAAGGGCGAUGUGGAUGUCUCUCUGCCCAAAGUGGAAGGUGACCUCAAGGGUCCUGGAAUUGACAUCAAAGGGCCCAAAGUGGACAUUGAUGCCCCCGAUGUGGACGUUCAUGGCCCAGACUGGCACCUGAAGAUGCCCAAGGUGAAGAUGCCCAAGUUCAGCAUGCCUGGCUUCAAAGGAGAGGGCCCAGACGUGGAUGUGAACCUGCCCAAGGCCGACCUUGCUGUCUCAGGACCUAAGGUGGACAUUGAUGUUCCAGAUGUGAAUAUUGAAGGUCCAGAUGCAAAACUGAAGGGCCCCAAGUUCAAAAUGCCUGAGAUAAAUAUCAAAGCCCCCAAAAUCUCCAUGCCUGAUGUUGAUCUGGAUUUGAAAGGACCCAAAGUCAAAGGAGAUUUUGAUGUGUCUGUUCCUAAGGUUGAAGGUAGUUUUAAAGGCCCAGAAGUAGACCUUAAAGGUCCAGGUCUUGAUUUUGAAGGCCCUGAUGCCAAAUUCAGUGGCCCAAAUUUGAAGAUGCCAUCACUGGAUAUAUCUGCCCCUAAAGUAACUGUUCCUGAUAUCGAUUUGCAUCUCAAGGCACCCAAAAUCGGAGUUUCUGGUCCCAAAUUAGAAGGUGGUGAACUGGACCUCAAGGGACCCAAACUUGACUUAGAAGCUCCAAAUUUAGAUGUACACAUGGAGAGCCCAGAUCUUAACAUUGAGGGACCAGAUGUUAAAAUUCCCAAAUUUAAGAAACCCAAGUUUGGAUUUGGGGCAAAAAGCCCCAAAGCUGACAUCAAAUCACCUUCACUGGAGGUGACUGUUCCUGAGGCGGAGCUGAAUGUCGAGACUCCUGAAAUCAGUGUUGGUGGCAAGGGCAAGAAAAGUAAAUUUAAAAUGCCGAAAAUACACAUGAGUGGGCCUAAAAUUAAGGCCAAGAAACAAGGAUUUGAUCUGAAUGUCCCUGGGGGCGAAAUUGAUGCCAGUCUCAAGACUUCUGAUGUAGAUCUGAAUGUCGCAGGGCCAGAUGCCACACUUAAAUCUCCUAAAACCAAGAAACCUAUGUUUGGAAAGAUGUACUUCCCAGACGUAGAAUUUGACAUUAAAUCACCUAAAUUUAAAACGGAGGCCCCCCUCCCUACCCCCAAAUUGGAGGGGGAGAUCCAGGCACCCGAUCUGGAUAUUGCUUCACCGGGGAUUAACGUGGAAGGUCCCGACAUCAAGCUGAAGGCUCCCAAGUUCAAGGCGCCAGGUGUGGAUGUCUCAGGUCCCAAAAUAGAGGGCGAUUUGAAAGGCCCCAGGGUGCAGGCAAACUUGAACGCACCUGGCAUCAACGUUGAAGGCCCAGAUGCUAAAGUGAAAGGCCCGUCAUUUGGCAUUUCUGCCCCUCAAGUCACCAUCCCUGAUGUGAACGUUAGCUUGAAAGGACCAAAGAUUAAGGGCGAUGGCCCCAGUGUGGGACUAGAAGGACCAGACGUAGAUCUGCAAGGUCCAGACUCGAAAAUCAAGUUCCCCAAGUUUUCGAUGCCCAAGAUCGGUGUCCCUGGUGUGAAAAUAGAGGGUGGGGGAGCUGGGGGCCAUGCCCAGCUGCCCUCGCUGGAGGGAGGCUUGAGUGCACCGGAUGUUAAGUUCGAAGGGCCUGACGUGUCUCUGAAGGGGCCAAAAGUAGACUUGCCUUCAGCGAACCUGUCGAUGCCAAAAGUCUCUGGACCGGACCUGAACCUGAAAGGACCAAGCCUGCAGGGAGACCUGGCUGUCUCCGGUGACGUCAAGUGCCCGAAAGUAUCAGUAGGUGCUCCCAACCUAAACUUGGAGGCACCCGAAGGUGGUUUUACACUUCCCCAAAUGAAGCUGCCCCAGUUUGGCAUCUCCGCGCCAGGGUCCGACUUGGACAUCAAUGUCAAGGGGCCACGAGUUACUGGGGAACUAAAAGGGCCGGGCGUGGAUGUGAACCUGGGCGGCCUGAACCUGAAAGGGCCUCAGAUCUCCGGCCCUCAAAUCUCAGCACCGGAUGUGGACUUGAACUUGGAAGGACCAAAAGUAAAAGGGAGCCUCGGGGUCUCUGGUGAGAUGAAAGGCCCCUCUGUUGGAGGAGGUGUUCCAGGCAUCAGCGUUCAGGGCCUAGAAGGAAACCUCCAAAUGCCUGGAAUGAAGGCCUCUGGAUGUGACAUGGAGCUGCGAGGUGUCAACGUGAAACUCCCCACGGGGCAAAUUUCCGGCCCUGAAAUCAAAGGCAAUCUGAAAGGUUCAGGAGUAGGUGUCCACGGCGCCCCUCCCGACAUCAGCGUGAAGGGGCCUUCGUUUAACAUGGCAUCUCCUGAGUCAGAUUUCGGUGUCAGCUUGAAGGGUCCGAAAGUCAAAGGAGGUGUGGAUGUUUCAGGGGGUGUCAGUGCCCCAGAUAUCAGCCUGGGUGAAGGGCAUAUGAGUGUCAAAGGUUCUGGGGGUGAGUGGAAGGGACCCCAGGUUUCCUCUGCUCUCAACUUGGAGGCACCUAAGUUUGCUGGAGGACUUCAUUUCUCAGGACCAAAGGUGGAAGGAGGUGUGAAAGGAGGCCAGAUUGGACUCCAGGGUCCUGGACUGAGUGUGUCUGGGCCUCAAGGCCACUUGGAAAGCAGAUCUGGAAAAGUAACAUUCCCCAAGAUGAAGAUUCCCAAAUUCACCUCUGGCCGAGAGCUGGUUGGCAGAGAAGUAGGAGUGGAUAUUAACUUCCCUCAAGUGGAGGCCGGUGUCCAGGCCGGUGCCGGGGAGGGCGAGUGGGAGGAGUCCGACGUGAAACUUAAGAAGUCCAAAAUCAAAAUGCCCAAGUUCAAUUUUUCUAAGGCUAAAGGGAAAGGUGCUGUCACUGGCUCACCAGAAGCGUCCAUUUCGGGGUCCAAAGGUGACCUGAAGAGCUCGAAGGUCAGCCUCGGCUCUCUGGAAGGGGAGGCAGAGGCCGAACCAUCUUCGCCCAAAGCCAAGUUCUCCUUAUUUAAAAGUAAGAAGCCACGGCACCGCUCGAAUUCCUUCAGCGACGAAAGGGAGCUCUCUGCACCUACCACCCCGACCGGGACUUUGGAGUUCGAAGGUGGGGAAAUGGCGCUGGAAGGCGGAAAAGUCAAAGGGAAACAGGGCAAGCUGAAGUUUGGUACCUUUGGUGGCUUGGGGUCAAAGAGCAAAGGUCAUUAUGAGGUGACUGGGAGCGAUGACGAGGCAGGCAAGUUACAGGGGAGUGGAGUGUCCUUGGCCUCUAAGAAGUCCCGACUGUCCUCUUCCUCCAGCAAUGACAGUGGGACCAAGGUUGGCAUCCAGCUUCCCGAGGUGGAGCUGGUGGUUUCCGCAAAGAAAGAGUAGCAGGCCUUUGUGUACAUAGAUGUAUAAAACUACACCAGCCUGGGGUGUGUUUGUAUAUAAUCUCAGAGAGAAACACACUCACAGCCUCAGCAGUCAUGCAAAGAUUUUGGCCUCCGCCAGUGGCAAGCGCUGACAAGCCAGCCGCAUUUAGGCUCCCGGAGCUUUGCAGAUAGGUGAAGAGUUACAAGGUCAUCCAGCCCGUGUGCGGAGUCAACAGUAUUUGCCUUAAGAUUUCAGUUUUUUUUUUUGUUUUUUUUUUUGCAUUGGAUGCUGAGAGCUCCUGUUUACUAUGCAAGCUUUUGUGUUUAUUAUCCUCAUUUUUACUGAACAUUGUUAGUGUUGGGGUAAUGGAAACCCACUUUUUCAUCGUAAUGACUUUGGGGGCUUUUGUUAGUAAGGGUGGGGUGGGGUAGAAAGCAGUAGAGAGGGCCAGCCCUCUGUUUCAACUAAGAUUGGUUCUGUUUACACAGCAAACACCCAAAAUGGCGGAGAGGAACCGGCAGGCUGGGCGCGUGGGUGUUUUCUAGAAGGCUUCAGCAUUGCUUUUUUUUCCCUGGGGCAGUGGCCCCAGCCAGUGUGGUGUUCAUGGUGAGAGGGAGUUAGAAUCUCUUUGCAAACUGGCCAACCCACUAGCUCAACACAAGGGGCUUCCAUUCUGUGUUUUGUAAGAGAAAUGUUUUCUUUAUAGCCGCCAUGUUCCUGAUAUUCUGAUCUCUUUUAACAAAUGUUAUGAUUAAGAAAAUUUCCCGCACUUUACUGGCAAAUUAAUUGAGAGUGUAAGAAAAUUGAUGCUGUCAAAGGCAAAUAAAGCUGUUUAUUAACCCUGA